UCCCCAGCCCUGCUUUAAAAGGAUGAGUGUGCUUGUUGCUCUUUAGGUUGGACUGACAGAUGAAUCAUGCGUGAACUGAGUGCUAUGUUGUUCAGCAAGAGGUAUGACGAGCAGUGAGUCGGGGCUGCAGUAGGAUUAGACAAUGCUGCUGAGAGAUGGCUGUGCUGCAGUUGCUGCUUCUUAAUGCUUGUCACUACAAACAAACUGUUUGUCUUUCUGUCCCCCUUCAAUGUUGGAGACCUCUUCCUCCUUCUUUAAUAAACUCUCUGCCUUGCUUUUCCUGGGCUACUGCUUUGUGGAUGUUGGCGGCUUCUUGUUGUGACAGGAGAAUGUGUGUGUGUCCUGGGCCCAGGCGGAUUGCAAUUCCAGUCAGAAACCCCAGGUUGCCAUUGUUCUCUGAUGCCAUGCCAGCACCAACUCAGCUAUUGCUCCCAUUAAUUCGCAGUUGUGAGAUUGGCAAGAUAUACAACACCGCAUGCUACUGUCAUCAUAAACAUCUGUGUUGUUUGUCACCUCACUUAACUCACAAUCACUUGAGGUAUGUUCCUCCGAAGAAGUUUGCAACACUCAGUAGGCCAAAGGAGAAUUUCAGUCAGUUUAUUCAUGCAAGAAACUAUGUAUCCACACCACAGAGGUUUUACCUCACACCUCCCCAAGUCAACAGCAUCCUGAAGGCAAAUGAAUACAGUUUCAAAGUGCCAGAGUUUGAUGGCAAAAACUUAAGUUCUAUCCUUGGCUUUGAUAGCAACCAGCUUCCUGCCAAUGCACCAAUAGAAGACAGAAGAAGUGCAGCCACUUGCUUGCAAACAAGAGGAAUGCUUCUUGGUGUGUUUGAUGGCCAUGCAGGAUGUGCCUGUGCACAAGCUGUCAGUGAAAGACUGUUUUAUUACAUAGCUGUUUCUCUGUUACCCCAUGAGACUUUACUUGAAAUAGAAAAUGCUGUUGAGAGUGGUAGGGCCCUCUUGCCCAUCUUACAGUGGCAUAAGCAUCCCAAUGAUUAUUUCAGUAAAGAAGCCUCCAAAUUGUAUUUUAACAGCUUACGAACUUACUGGCAGGAACUCAUAGACCUUAACACUGGGGAGACAACGGAUGUAAAAGAGGCUUUAAUUAAUGCCUUUAAAAGGCUUGACAAUGACAUUUCUUUAGAAGCUCAAGUAGGCGAUCCAAAUUCUUUUCUCAAUUAUUUGGUACUACGUGUAGCCUUCUCUGGUGCAACUGCUUGUGUGGCUCAUGUUGAUGGAGUUGAUUUACAUGUUGCUAAUACUGGUGACAGCAGGGCCAUGCUUGGUGUCCAAGAAGAAGAUGGAUCUUGGUCUGCUGUUGCUCUUUCUUAUGAUCAUAAUGCACAGAACGAAAGUGAGAUUACACGACUCAAAAUGGAGCACCCAAAGUCUGAAGAAAAGAGUGUUGUGAAACAAGAUAGACUGUUGGGUCUACUGAUGCCUUUCAGAGCUUUUGGAGAUGUCAAAUUUAAAUGGAGCAUUGACCUUCAGAAGAGAGUGAUAGAGACGGGCCCAGAUCAGCUCAAUGAUAACGAAUAUACAAAGUUCAUCCCACCAAACUACCAUACUCCUCCAUACCUCACAGCUGAGCCAGAAAUAAUACAUCACAAAUUAAGACCUCAGGACAAAUUCCUGAUAUUGGCAACAGAUGGCUUGUGGGAAACCAUGCACAGGCAGGAUGUGGUUAGAAUUGUAGGUGAGUAUCUAACAGGUGUUCAUCAUGAAGAACCAAUAGCUGUUGGAGGUUACAAGGUAACUCUGGGACAGAUGCAUGGUCUUCUAACAGAAAGGAGAGCGCGGGUCUCUUCAGUCUUUGAAGACCAGAAUGCAGCAACUCACUUGAUACGCCAUGCCGUUGGAAAUAAUGAGUUUGGCACCGUUGAUCAUGAACGGCUGUCAAAGAUGCUCAGUCUUCCAGAAGAGUUGGCUCGGAUGUACCGGGAUGAUAUCACAAUUAUAGUGGUGCAAUUUAAUUCCCAUGUUAUAGGUGCAUGUCAAAAUGAAGAGUUUUAAAUUUUAAACUGAAAAGUGUGAACCAAAGUUUUCACAGAACAAAAUGGCCAGUACUGACUGCAUGACAUAAUAGUGAAACUUAUUUGAUUAAUCUCUGGCCAUCAGAAUUACAGUUGAAGCAAGUAUAAUUUGCACAAAUUGAGCAAUGGUCAAAGGGUUUUCAAAUAAAGCUACCAGGAGAGCAGAACAAAUUGGGACAACUUUGCACUAUUCAACCUAUCUGCUUGAACAGUCGCUUGUAAUUUGGGAUUUCUUGGAGAAGUAAAGGCUUUGUAUGCAUCAGUGCAAUGUCCUGCAAGGCAAAAAAAAUCUUGUGUGUUUUGUCACAUGUAAAUAUCUGUAUGGUAGGUAUCUCCAGUAACUAUACAGAGGAGGGUAACUUGGUUGUAAAUUUGAAUUUAAAUAGGGCUGAUGACUUUUUUAUUUACAAAAUAGCUAUGGUGUCUUCCCUUUAGGAAAGGAAGAGAACUUUUUAACUGGUUGGCAAAUAGAAGCUAUCCUCUUGGUCUUGAGUAAUGAUAUAUCAUUUGAAACACAUGCCUAGAAUACCACUGUUAAAAAGAGUAAGUCUAAGCCAUAAAUACCUUAAGCCUGUCCAAACAUAGUAGUGGAAUAAAAUUUUGCACCAGGUGACUUACUUUGAAAAGACUAUAUUUUGCACAGUUCAAUGGGCAAUAAAUGAUGAUGAGAAAAUGGGUUAACUAUGGGGGACAUGCAAAACAACCUUGACUUGCAUUAUGAAACUAUGAUUCUACAUUUCCUGAAACUUGAGCUAAUUUUCAAUAGGGCUGUCUUGCAAAACAUGACAAGCAACAGUCUUGACUUGUACCAAACCUAUUUCCAGUCAUAAGUCCCUGGUCUUGUGUUUGAACCUAGGCAAUCAGUAGUGACUUUGUAAACUAGUGUAGUCACAUAUGUUGUAGUUUGAGUGACAGUUUGGUUGGUGUUUUGGAUAUUUUAAGUAUCACGACGCAAAAGCAUAUCCAUAUAACAUAGUUCUCAUGUUGGCUUUUCAAGAAAGCAUUGUGAUAAGAUUUGUAAAUAGGUCAAAUAAUGGGGAAACAGCUGCAUGCUCCUCCUACUGGCAUUCCCACAUCAAUUGUAACACCUUUCAAAAUAUCAUUGUUAGUUGUGCACAUUUGGUUGCAUCCAAAAAACUCCUAAAAGUGCAUGUUUCAUCACAAAGCUUUGUGCCACUGCCACAUAGAAUGCUUAUGAAUUGUCAGAUAAAAAGCAUUUUUGGCAACCACAAGUUUUAUGUUCUGAAGCAUAGUGUAAUAUUUAAGACUUCUCCCAAUAUAAAAACAAAAUAAAUUGCUUUUUUCUAUUAUUAAACUGUAGCAUAGCUAUGAUAGAAAUCAUUAUGCAAACAUUACUUUGACUAGCUGUUGUCUAAAUAUGAAGCACUUGUAGAUAAAAUUAACAUCCUUUGUGCUUCUCUAAAAACUAAUACGCAUUAUACUUUAAAUCUCCCUCUUCACUGACACAUUCUGAAGAAUGUUGGUGUUCUUGACCAUGUGGAUGCUUAAAAAGAGAGUCAAGGAAUAGUGCUUCCAGAGUAUUCCUGUUACAAAAUACUUAAUUGCAGCACUUAAGUUCCUUAGCAUUAAUGUUCCCUUUUCUUUUUUCUGUACACUGAAGGACGUAGUUACUUAUAAAGUAACAGGUGUUGAAAAUGCAAGUGUCAGAAGAUAUUCUUACUUCAUAUGCUUUGAAGUAACCUACACGUUUGAAGACCUGUUCAUAGCCUUGACAAAUUGUUCUCCCUUUGUGUGCAAGAAAAGUAAUUAAGUAAUCCUAUUUUUCCAGACCCCAACCUGAAUGUUUGUUUUUAUUGUGCUAAUGACAAAACCAAGCAGCUUAUAAUCUUCAUUGCCUUUAUACAUGCAAUAUUAUUAAAUAUCAUUGGCUAGGUCAAUUAAUUUUAUGUGUUGGCUACAAAAUAACUCUAAACUGUUACAUUAUCCAGACUUAUGUUACUUGUGAAAUGUACAGUACGUGUAAAUGUCUUAUUUUGGUUUGGUACUAGUCUUAACAAAUUGAACCCUCAUCCUGUAUGUUUAGCACUUGGUGUGGGGGCAACUUUGUAAAAUGCAAGGUGAACAAGAUUUAAAUGAAGACUCCCAAAAUAUGUAUGCAAUGAACUGAAACAGCAUUGUGGCUUUCUGAACAUCACGUAAUAAGAUCUUAAGAACAAAUAUCUUUUAGUAGACUUCAAUAAAAUUAUUAUAUGAAUAUCAA